UUCAUCCACAGUCGCGCAGAGAGUCAGAAUUCACCUGGAUACCGGAGCGCGCGCACGGGUCACUCAGCAGCUGUCAAUCACUGCAGACGCUCAGAGUUUAAUUACACAGGACAGACAUUUUUUUCGUGGAUGUUUCGCCUGUUUGUAUUGCUCCAGGCAUACGUGCACUAAUACAAGUUUGGGAAAAAGUUUCGGGAGAGUUGACUAAAGCACCGGACAGCGCAGGACACUAACGGGGCUCCCUUUAUUUGAUCUAAAAUUGUUUCAUAAUCUCAUAAAUAGCUGACUGAUCGGAACGGAAACGGCUGGUUCGGUCCAGUUAAAAUGAAUCACUGGAAAGUCCAUGAAGUUUCCCUGAUACUGUUAUUGGCCGUUGCAGCUGGGUGUGGCCAGGUGCUGGACCGCUCGCUCAGUCUGUCCAAUGAGAGGAGCUCUAUAGAGAGAACAUAUGAGCUAACCAAAUACCUGGACCACCAGCUGAAAGAAAUCAGAGACACUUACCUGUCGUAUCUUGGACCUCCGUUCAAUGAUCCCGGCUUCUCCCCUCCACGUCCUAAUAGCUCCUCUUUAUCCGUGCCCAGUGCGGCCACACGGGUGGACUUAUGGCGUGGGCUGGAGAAUGGUGCCCGCCUGGCACAGAACCAGCGUGCGUACAGCAUUCUUCUCUGUGCCGUGAGGGAGCUGGCGCGCUCCACCUUGUGCCCGUACCUCCAGAGCUCCCUCCUCCAUUUCUGCUCUGGCCUCAGCGGGUUACUUGGCUCAAUAUCAGGGCUGAUGAAUGCCCUGGGCUACACCUCGCCUCCCUAUGGCAAUUUACUAAUGUCCCCAGGAUAUGCCACGCCCGCUCAAGGAUACACCCCACCCCUGUCAUCACAGUAUCAGGGAGUAGGCGAGAACAGCCCUGCCCCUCUAUGGAGUCACAUGCCUCGAAACCAAGGUGUUCAGUCCGCUUCGGGUGUAAGAGAGGGAAUGAGUCGGGCAGACAAUAAGAGAGACAGAGAGAGGGAGAGGGGGAGGAGAGGAAGGAGAAGAGAAGGAGAGAGCUGGGUAGCCAAAGAGGAGGGUGAGAAGGAAGAGGGAAUGGAGAGAUGGGGAAAGAGGAGAAGACUGCUAAGUGUUGAAGAGGAGACUUCAACAAAACUGAACUACAACAAAAAUAUCAAUAACAACAAUAUGAACAACACAAUUCUCAAAUUCGGAGAUGGAGAUGGAGAAAUGAGCCAGAAGCAGCCUGUACUCUUUACCUCGCUAUCUCUCCAUCCUCGUCGCUCUAUGCGCUCUGUAUCAUCCUCUCAUCCCGGUCUCUCUCCGCUCUCCCUCCUCUAUCAGUAUGGAGGGUCGGCUGAUGUUCACACUUUGCUGGCGGCCCCUGUGCUUUCAUCUCAUCCAGCCCCUAACGACUUCUCACGGAAGGUGGAGGGAUUCUGGGUGCUGCGAGAACUGCAGAGCUGGCUGUGGAGGUCAGCCAAAGACUUCACCCGAUUGAAGAGACGACUACGUGUUUGAAAAAAAACAAAACAAAGGCUUUGUUCCAAAACCUAGUGAGCUGCCUUGCUGUCCACUGCCUACACACACAGCUGCCUUUUAUUGCCAGGUUCACACUGUGGGAUUUUAAUGCCGCAAUUUUGCUGUCUGAGACAAAUUUUGGGAUCAUAAAAGAUAGAGUAUGACAUUAGCAUGUUGCUAAGCUAACAAGACAAUGCUCUAAGAAGCAAAAAAAAAAAAAUGCCCAGCACACACAAACACUAGGUGCACUUGUAAUAUGUUUUAAUUAGAUUGAACAUUAUUUAAUAGUUUGCACAUUUCAAAAAGUUUCUUACUGAAAAUUAUCAGUACUGAAUAAGAUUCUGAGUAUAUUUAUAAUCAACAUUUUCACUGGGCUUGUUGAAUUCAGGGAUUUCUACAUAAAGAAUAUAUGUGAUGAUGUCCCAGAUUUGGCAAAAACUAGGCAUCUUAGGAGGUCACAUAAUUAAAGGUUCACCCCAAAAUGAAAAUUCUGUCAUUUCUUAUUUAGUCACCCUCAUGUUGUUCCAAAACUGCAUGUCUUUCGAUCUAUGGAACACAAUAGGAGACGUGAUCAGUGUUAAUCUUGUCAACGAAAUUACUGACCAAAAUGUCCGUUCAUGAAGGGCUUUUUGAUUUCGUCAACAAUAACGAAGGCAAAACUGGUCUAAUAAAACAAGCCCCAAAAAACGUGACUGUAUUCUGGAAAUAAUUACCAAAAAAACGCUUAAUAAGCGGACAUGGCAACACUAGUUACACGCUAGUCAGAAUGCAUAACUAGCGCUGUGAGUAUACUGUUCCCGUAAAUACGUGCUACACAUAAUGCAAUAUCCUAAACUGUCAUAACACGUUAUAGUCUCUAAAGAGUGACGAAUUCACAACAUAGAAACUUCUAAAAAGUUCAGGACAGUUUUCUCAUGUUAUGUUAAAAAAUCUUUAAUAUGUUUGAUACAUUUAAAUAAAUGUUUGAACAUUUAUUUAAAGGAUUAUUCUUGGUUCAGUAAAAGUUAAACUCAGUCGACAGCAUUUUGUGGCAUAAUGUUGAUAACCACAAAAAAUUUAUUUUAACUAGUCCCUCCUUUUCUUAGAGAAAAGCAAAUAUUGUUAUUGAGAGGCACUUGCAUUGGAAGUAAAUAGGGUCCAUUUAAAAAAAAAACUAUUUUAAGGCAGAAAUGUGAAGCUUAUAAUUUUCUAAAAGCAUUUAAAUGAAUUCUUCUGUUAAAACUCAUAUAUUACUUGAGCUGCGCUGUUCGUCAGUAAAUCGUUGUUUACUGGGAAUACAGCGUUACCUCGUCAUGGCAACGAAGUUGUAAAAUUGGAUAUAACUUUACACAGAAAAGGUUAGUAAGCAAUUUUAUCACACUAAAAUCAUGUUAACACACAUAUUGUUUACAUCUUGUGGCUAUACUUUUGGAAAAGUGAGUAUGGAUUGGCUCCAUUCACUUCCAGAAUUGUGCUUUUUUUUUUUUAUAGGAAUGCCCAAUUCCCAAUGCGCUCUAAGUCCUUGUGGUGGCAUAGUGACUCGCCUCAAUCCGGGUGGCGGAGGACAAAUCUCAGUUGCCUCUGCGUCUAAGACCAUCAAUCAGUGCAUCUUAUCACGUGGCUUGUUGAGCGUGUUACCACGGAGACCUAGCGCGUGUGGAGGCUUCACGCUAUUGUCCACAGCAUCCAUGCAUAACUCACCACGUGCCCCACUGAGAGCAAGAACCACAUUAUGGCUACCACGAGGAGGUUAACCCAAUGUGACUCUACCCACCCUAGCAACAGGGCCAAUUGGUUGCUUAUGAAGCCUGACUGGAGUGACUCAGCACGCCCUGGAUUCGAACUUGCGGCUCCAGGUGUGGUAAUCAGCGUCUUUACUUGCUGAGCUACCCAGGCCCCCGAAUUUUGCUUUUUUUUAAGAUAUGGAGGGACUAGUAGAAAUUAAUUAUUGUGGCAAUCAUCAUUAUGUAACAAAUGCACUCGAAUGAGCUUAACUUGCAUUGAACCCAGAAAAUUACUUUAAGUUUGGUCAGUUAAAGUUUGAUACAUGUUUUUGACAUUUUGCCCAUUAUCGUCAACUAAACUGUUAUCAACUAAAAUGAUAUGCCAUUUUAGUCAGAGUAAAAGUCACUAAAAUUAAUGAAUAUCACAUGAUGAAAUAUUUAAAGGACAUUUUCAGCAAAAGACAAAUUUAUUACUGAAAUAUAAAACCGAAAAAAAAAAAAAAAGAAAAAAAAAUCAACACUGGAUGUUCAGCAGAAUGACUCAGUCACCAUUCAUUUCUAAUGUAUGGAAAAAGAUGCAAUGAAAGUGAACAGAGAGUGAGGCUGUCAGACCCUAUCAUUCUGCCAAACAUCUCCUUUUGUGUUCCAUGGUUUUGAACAACAAGAGAGUGAAUUUUUGGGUGAACUAUGCCUUUAAUGAUAUCUUUUGGAACAGUCUUUACGUAAGAAGUGGGCCUAGGAUGCCUUAAAAUGCUGUCUUUAUGGAGGAAGUUCAAUAGGUUUUGGAACAGAGUAAAAAUGUGUGAGAGAAACAGACUGCUUCACGCUCUAUGGAUGGAGAUCUAUGGACUUUCGAUGGUCACACGCUUUGCACUAAAUCACCAAACAAACAGGAUGGCCAGGAGACGGGAAUUACGUCCAAGGAAAAAUGCGCUCAUUGAGAGCGAGACAUGAUUCAGCAGAAGGAAAGUGAAUCAUGUUUGGAGUCAUGCCGUAUAGUGAAAGGGUGAAUGGGGGAAAGUGGAGGAAGUGUGGCAUCACCAAAGACACAAUGGAGAGUUUUUGCUGCCUCAGAACUGACUCAGUAAUGCCUCAUUGGCAUUCACUGUUCGUUUUCCACACACACACACACCUACGCAUUUGAAUGUUCAGACGGCAUGUGAGGACAAAUAGAAAGGAAAACAUUCACCAAAAAGUACCAUGGAGUUACCAUGUUUUUAUGGACAGGGUGCUAUGGUAAUACCAUUGUUUAUGGUCAUGUUUACAUGAUAGUGCCAUGGUAUAUACUGUAAAUAUGGUGCUCAUUCAGAACCAUGUUAUAUAUCAAAAUACCAUGUUAUUAUCAUGUAUUUGGACAUUUUACCAUAAUAUAUAAAUACCAUAAUACUAUAUGAAAAACCAUUGUAAAUACAAUGGUUUAUUAAUAUCAAAGUACCAUGGUAUUACCAUCUGAUCUCCAACAAAUUACUUUAUGUCAAGACAUAAUGUCGAGGGGAGGGUGUAUAAAUAUAUAUGAGUGUUUGUGUACAGUAUGUACAGUAAUUUCUGUAUGUGUGUGUGUAUAUGUAGUUUUAUGUCUGUUAUAUUUAUUUAAUGUUAUUUAUUUCUUUGGGGUUAGACUGUAUGAUAUCAUGUAGUUCUUGAGUACAAAAGACCUUUACUGGCUACACCGCGUGUGUGUGUGUGUGUGUGUGUAUGUGUGUGUGUGUAUACACUCUCACCCCUUGAGGAAAAACCAGAGGGACUGGGAGGAUAGCGCAAGUUUUAUUCGUCUGUCUGAGCGAAAUUUAUGACCACUCCGUCCUUUCAUCUAAUCCCACAUCCUCUCAUCCCUCUCUUUCCCUUUAUCUCUCUCUCACGCCUCUCCUCUUCCCUGGCGCUCACCUACACACACACACACACACACACACACACACACACACACACACAUGCAAACAACAGUCGUUAACAGUACUAUACAGGACACAAACAAAAUAUCACAUUUAACAAAACACACAGACAUAAACAUCACGGCACAAACAGAUUAUAUUUUAGGUGAACGAACAUUCCGGUGCUUAAUGUCUCUUUCCUUCAGGCUAUGUUUGGGGUAAAAUUAAAGGAUCAAUGAGAAUCUCUUUCCCUUUGAGCAACACACCUGCACUGGAGUUAUCAACCACACCCACACACAUUCACAAACACACACACUCACAUUCACACAAAAGGGUGUGACACGUUCUUUAUGUGCAAUUAUCACAAAUUACGGGAAAAGAUGUGUUUGGAGAGGGGGAAUGGACUCACACACCGUCACACACACUCACACACACAUGGCCAAAGACUCAAUGCAUAAUGCAGAGUCCAGUCAGCUUCGGUCCCCUAAAUGGAUGACCACACAUCGCCAACAAAGGCUGCAUUGUACGCUUGUGAGUGUAUUAUCACGUGUGGCUCUUUUGAAUCAUUGCGAGUAUUUUUGUGUAAGUACUUGUCUAGUUUGGGGACACAUUUUACCCCAGAAAAAAACUUCCUUAGGGGAAAUUUGGGGGUGUCCUCAUUGGAAAAACAAAUAAUAAAUGAAGUAAUGAUUGUUUUUACUCAAAAAUGCAUACUUUCUUUUAGGGAUAGGGUUAGGUCUAAUGCAGUGGUUCCCAAACUGGGUGCGACCACCGAUUUUUACUGCCACCGAUGUUAAAUCUACAGAGUACAGACUCAGUUUGACAGGACUGCUUCUCAGACAAACUCAGACUGUAUUGUAUUAGUAUUAAUGUAUAUCUGAUAAUCACACAGUAAAGAUUGUCAAUAAGUACUUUUUAACAUUUUUAUAUAACGAUUUUUUUGAAUGUUUAUUUGCUGAUGUUACUGAAAAACCUAAAGCAAUAUUUACUCUUUUAUCUACAGUAUUUCUGGCUCUUGAAUAAUUACUUUGAAAGCUUGAAGCAAUGUUUACUUAAGAAAUACUUCAAGGGUAGCCUACAUUGUUUUAAUUUAGUUUGUUAAUAUUAAUAUUAAAGGAAUAGUUCACCCAAAAAUGAAAAUUCUCUCAUUUACUCAUCCUCUUGCCACCCCAGAUUUGCAUGAAUUUCUCUUUUUAGAAGAAUAUCUCACUUCUGUCGGCCCAUACAAUGUUUCUGUUGGUACAUUUGAAGCUCCAUAAGGCACAUAAAGGUGGCAUAAAAGUUAUCCAUAUGACUCCAGCGGUUUCCAUACGAUAGGUGUGGGUGUGAAACAGAUCAAUAUUUAUGUCCUUUUUUACUACAUAUUCUCCUCCCUGCCCAGUAGGUGGUGAUAUGCAUGAAGAAUGUGAAUUGCCAAAAACAAAAGAAGAAUGUGAAAGUGAAAGUGGACAUUUAUAGUAUAAAAGGACUUAAAUAUUGAUGUGUUUCUCACCCACACCUAUAAUAUCACCACUGAAUUACUUUCAUGCUACCUUUAUGUGCUUUUUGGAGCUUCAAAGUUCACUUGCAUUGAAUGGACCUACACAGUUGUGAUAUUCUUCUAAAAAUCUUCAUCUGAGUUCUGCAGAAGAAAGAAAGUUAUACACAUUAGGUAUGGCAUGAGGGUGAGUAAAUGAUGAGAUUUUUUUUUUUUUUUUUUUUGGUUAACUAUCCCUUUAAACAUUUAAAAGUGUUUUCAAUAGUAGGCCAACAUAUUUUUAUUUUUCAGUGGUUGGGGUGCCUUGGAGGAAAAAACUAAAGGGAACCACUGUCCUUGUGAUUAUUAUUUAAAUGUAAAAAUGCAGAAAGUUUUUUUUUUUUGAGGGUUAGGUUUAGGGGUAGGGUUAGGUUUAGGGGAUAGAAUCUAUAGUUCGUACAGUAUAAAAUAAUUAUGUCUAUGGAGAGUCCUCAUAAGAACCAACAUUAAAUCUACAUAUAUGCACAGGUUUCUGCGAGGGUUAGGUUUAGUGGAUAGAAAAUAUCUUUAGUGGAAGUCUAUGAGAUGUCCUCAAUAAUAUAUUAAAACAAACCUGUGUGUGUGUGCGUGUGUGUAUGUGUGUUGGUACUUAUGAGAUAUUCUGUUUAUGUAUCACUGCCACCGUAAAGUAGUUUUAUUUGUUUUAGUUUAAAAGCCCCCUUUCCGAAACCUCUCAUCUCUUGCCAUUGCGUCUCGCCGGGUCUUUUUGCCAUAUGUGCAGCAGAGUGUAACUCUUCCCCUGCCGAUCACGCAUUAAAUCACGCGUCUGUCAUCAGUUCAUCAGCACCAGCCUAUUUAGUGAGUCUUUAUCGCUCCCUUAUUUCCAAAUCUUUUUCACCUUCUCCUGCUGCUCUUCGUCACUGUCUUUUACCAUUUUUCCUAUCCCGUCUUCGUCCAGCACCCCCCUCUUUCCCCGUCUCAAGCCCUGAUCACCUGCAGCACAUAAAAACUCCUGUUUUUUCUCUUUCCAGAGGAGUGCGCAGCUGCCUGGGGAGUUACUGCAUUUUUGUUUCUCUCUCUCUCUUUCUGUCUCUGCCUCCUCAAUUCUUCUAUUUUUGCUUUGUCUUUCCCUCUCACUUCUCGCCCAACCCUUCCUAUUACCUCACGGCACCCACCUGCAGCACCCCCGAACCCGCCGUUCCGUGCGAUGGAAUACACGCCGAUUCUUUGGCUGCAGGGCUGGGCUGACUCUCCCAAACGCCCCGUGCGGGUGAAACAUCGGGCACCGAGUGAUUGAUUUAUUGCCUAAUCAAUUGAUCCGCCCAGAUAAGUGUCGGCAACCACAGUCACCGCGCAUUUAUGUACGUGAGUGAUGACUUAACCCUCGAGGAAAAACAGACUUUCAUGUACCGUGGCGUGUUUUAGUGUUAUCCAACAUGUUUUCAAAAAAGAUAGUUUUGGAUUGCCUACGGAGAGUUUUGUAGGCGUGUACAGUAGCUGUGGGUGUGUGUAUAUGUUUAUACUACAUUUGUGGGGACAGUAAAACCCGAGAUCACCUACCUUGUGGGGCCCAGCCAGCGGUCCCUAUGAGGGAAAUGGCUUAUUAAACAUACUAAACUAUGUUUUUUUUUGAAAAUGUAAAAAUGCAAAAAGGUUUCUGUGAGUGUUAGGUUUAGGGGUAGGGGUAGGGUUUGGAGAUAGAAAUUAUCGUUAGAUCAUAAUAUGCAUGGAAGUCUACGGAGAGUCCCCACAAUGAUAUAAAAACAUAAAGUGAAGUGACUGACCAAUAAAGGCUUUUGGUCAAUGACGAUAGGCUACUACUGAAAUCUAGAGACUAACAGUCUGGUUCUGUAAGUAAAAAUCCCAUUGUUUUUUUGUUUUGUUUUUUUCAUAGGGGGAUUGAUUUUUAACGGUAACUUAUAAACCUUUAAAAACCUACCAUGUGUUCAGAGGUUGUAAAGAGAUAGGAUACUCCUGUUGAAGUCAUCAGCACUUCAUUUUUAAACAACCAUGUUUAACUUCGGAAUUCCUGGUGAAGAACACUAUCCGUAAAUCCUGAUGAGAAAGAUCCACCAAUUAAUGAAUCGUGGCUGACUAACUGACAGCAAACGAGCUCUGCAGCGACCGCCCACUCUCAUGAUUAAAGUCCAUUUCAAGGCAAGUCUGUCCAAUCGGCGGCCAUCUUUGUAAUUCUCCCUUGCAGGCUGGGCAGCUAUUUUCAAUGUAAACAAGAAGGGUUGCCAACCAUCCUGUAUAAUAGGGAAUCGUCCCAUGUUUAAGAGAACAAAAUUGCAUUCCGUAUUGAAUCCAUACAGGAUGCAAUUUUUCUCAUAUUUUGGCACUUCAGACCCAAACUGCUGGGAACAUUCGAGAGAAAUAGAUCUAAAACACAGACAUCUUUCACGUGAGUUGUGUAAGAUUUCAGCUUUUAAACCUUCCACAGACCCUACACUUGACAGAAGCUGCCGGGGGAAAGAUCAGUGACUAUCAGCGCUCGUCUUUUGUUGUGUUUUCUGUCAGAAGCAGGGGAAUUUUUUCAAAAAUAUAGCAUUUGAGUUCAUGAUAAUUGUUUCCCACCACUGUGAUUCCAAAAUACCAUGCACCUAUUCAUAACAUGACAUUGCAUUGCAUACUGUAUGUCAGCGCUUGUUCUGUAAGAGAGAGAGAGAGACUCUGUCUUGGGUGAGGAAAAACUGCAGCACUUUUAAUACAAAAAUACAGGGCAUGUGUAGUUUAAAUGCUUUACAUUUCAUUGUGAUAAACACUAAACUGCCAAAACUAAGACACUGUGAUCUAAGGAGAAAUAGCCUACACUAUUUCAUGUUAAUUGUUUUCUCUACCAUAAAAACCCAUUAUAAUACAUGGUUGCUUAAUACAGACUUGUACUAAGACAGUGGUUAUGAAAGGGCAAAUUUACGUUUUAAUGAUAUACUGUAUAUUUUAGUACAUUAGUCAUAUACUAUUUUCAAACUGAUGAGCCUAAUAUUAAAUGGAAAGCAUGUUUUGUUGAGCGUUAAAAAUGGAAAAGGCUGUGGCGAGAGGUGUGGCGCAUAAGCUUUUGCUUUAUGCAGAUGAUAUUUUAUUAUUUGUCUCCGACACUUCUAGAUCUAUGCCUUGCCUCCACAGAAUUAUUCAUUCCUUUUCUAAGUUCUCAGGAUAUAGAGUCAGUUGGUCUAAAUCGAAGCUUUGGCUCUGACAGCGUACUGCCCAGUAACGGCUUUUCAGCCGGGCGUCUUCCAGUGGCCCAACAAGGUAUUAAGUAUUUGGGCAUUUUAUUCCCAGCAAAUUUGUGUGAUUUAGUUAGUUCAUUUUGACCCCUUCAUAAAAAUGUUUUCGAGCGAUGUGGGCAGGUGGGCUUCAUUACAUUUAUCUAUGAUUGGGAAGGUUAAUGUUAUUAAAAUGAAUUGUAUUCCAAAAUUUAACUACCUGCUACAGUCUCUCCCUGUAGAUGUCCCCUUCUCUUAUUUCAUGCAAUUUGAUAGCAUAGCAAAGUCCUUCAUUUGGAAUGGUGAGUGUCCCAGAUUACGUUUCAGUAAGUUACAUAGGCCGAUUGACAAAGGUGGGCUAUACCCAAGAUUUUAUUUUAUUAUUAUGCAUUCGGUCUCAGACAUUUGGCUCAUUGGUCGCUUCCACCUGAGAGAGCCCCUCCCUGGUUUUGUAUUGAACAGGAAGUUCUUGCCCCUAUUUUGCCAUCAAAAAGCCUUUCUAUCAAACUAAUCAGAGAAGUUAAGUUACACCCCGUUAUCUUGCAUUUGCACUCGGUAUGGACAGAAGUGUCCAGAGUGUUUAAUUCAGACAUUUUAUUUAAAUGUUGCCUCGAGCAUAUGGCAGAACCCAAAAUUAUGUAUUAAUAAGUCCCUUUUCUGCUGGUUAUAGUGGAUUGUGAGGGGGGUUACUACACUCGGUGACCUAUAUGAGAGUGGAGUGUUGAGAUCUUUUGAAAAUUUGGUUCAACAUUUUGAGAUUCCCAGAUCCCACGACUCCAAUUCCCACAACACAAUGCACUACCUCGAUCUCAAUCACCUGAACUCUGAUCAGCCUCACCUGCACCUCGUCAACACAGUUAUGACUGCACCCUUUAUAAGAAACCCUUUCAUUGUGUCUAAGACGUUACCAAGCCUUAAUAGUCUGCCUGAUCUCUUGUUAAAGUACCUUUACCUAUUUUGACCACACGUUUGCCUCUAGCCCUGUUACCUCUGUUUGCCAAUCGCCUGACCUUCUGCUUGUACUGAUUAUUGGAUUUUGCCUGCUGUUUGAACUGUACUGUUGCCUGAUUUACAUUAAACUGCACUUGCAUCCUACUCUCCUGGUGUAUUUCCUGACAAAUAGACACAUAGAGAAUUGGGUUCUGACCAGUGUGAUGAUCGCCAGGCAGAUUAUUUUGAGGGGUUGGAGGUCAGCUGGAGCGCCCACAUUUCGGGAGUGGUGCACGGAGAUGGGGAGGGUGGUGGCUUUUGAGGAGGUGUCAUUUGGAAGACGGGGUAACUUGGAUUUGUUUGUUGGGAAAUGGGGCAACUAUUUUGAGUUUUUGGAGGGCUCUCGGGGUAGGCCGGUGGAGAGAGUAGUAUAGUGUUAAAUGUGUAUGAUUAUUAUAUAUAUAUUUUUUUGGUUUGUGUGUUUGUUUGCUUUUUGUGUGUGUGUGUGUGUGUAUAUACACAUGUGUGACCACAGGGAUGUUUGUUGGG